AUGAAGGGAAACUGCAUUCCCGAGAAGAAAACCGUGGUGGUAAAGCGAUUUUUCGGUGAGGGAGACUCAAAUCUGAAGAUCGUAGCAAAGGAGGCGAAGAUGUUGCAAAAUCUACGGCAUCCUAAAGUCGCAGAGUUUGUUGCUGUUUGUCCUAAAACCGGUGGCUAUAAUGAUGGAAUAUGAAUGUUUUGACUUCUUGCCAUUCGGUCUUGAUGUUCAGGUUUCAGAUCUUCUCGAUUUGUUGCACUGCCUGGAUCGAAUACAAACUGUGGAAGCCUUUAAACACAUUCCCCAAAGAGCUGGAGAAAAACCGAAGGAGAAAAAGAAGAAGAAAGGGAAAAACAUGCGUUAUAAAGGCCAAUCAGUGAAGAAGCCCUCCCUGAAAACGAAGAUAUAGACUUUCAAAAGCCUCUGGCAUUUACUGACAUUUGGCACAACAAAAAAGACUUUGUAGUUGUUUUUACUAAGGAUCACGUAAAAGUGAAGCGGUGCGAAUCAUGCAAGGUAGAGUUUGCACGGGAAGGAGUUGUCUGCAUACCACACGAUAUCGCAGUUCUCCACAUGGAAAGGUACCUGUACCCCAAAAAGGAUGGAAAUGGAAAGUUGCUGCGCAUGGAACCAACAUGGAGCAAAGAAACAGAACGAUUCUACUGCGCCAACAAGAAGUGUAUUAUUAAGCGCCACCCCUACUUUUGGAAG